AUGGACCACACGCACACCGGCACCAACACCACGCCCGCCGCAGUCAUCGCCUCCGCCUCCAUGGACGCCGCGCUGCUACUCGAGCCCAAGCUCGAGAUGAUGCUGCAGCAGCAGCCCUCGCCUGCGGGCCACUACGCCGCGCUGGACCAUCACCUGGUCCCGCCGCCGCCCGCGCUGGUGGUGCCCUGCGAGCCGCCGCGGCCCCUCGAGGCGCUGCUGCAGGGGCCGCAGCUGCCGCCGUUCCUGUCCAAGACGUACAACCUCGUCAGCGAGCCGCAGCUGGACGGGGUCAUCUCCUGGGGCCCCGCCGGCAACAGCUUCGUCGUGUGGAACCCUUCCACCUUCGCCCGUGACGUGCUCCCGCACAACUUCAAGCACAACAACUUCUCCAGCUUCGUCAGGCAGCUCAACACCUAUGGUUUUCGCAAGGUUCAUGCUGAUAGAUGGGAGUUCGCUCACGAGGGAUUUCUGCGGGGCAGCAAACAUCUGUUGAAGACGAUAGUCAGGCGCCGGUCCUCGCCGACGCAACAAAGCAGCCUUCAGCCUGGUUCAUCUAUCUUCAGGAAGAUACAGUCUAGCUCUUCUGGUGAGUCCACUCUGGACCCUGAACUGCACUCCCUGAGAAGAGAGAAAAACGCGCUGCUACAGGAGGUGGCCAGGCUGAAGGAGGAGCACAAUCAGACGAUCGAGCAUAUGAACGCACUGAACCAGAGGCUGGAGACCGCGGAGGACCGGCAGAAGCAGGUGGUCUCCUUCUUGGCCAAGCUCCUUCGGAACCCGGAUUUCCUGAGGCAGCUCAAGAUGCACAGGGAGAGAAGGGACGGGAUCGAUUCCGCCAGAGUGAAGAGGAAAUUCCUGAAGCAUGUGCUGCAUGGCAGCAGAAACUCGGGCGACUCCAACUCGCCGCGCACCGCAGAGAGUACAUGUUCCCCUGCACAUCCAGUUGCGCACGACGCCAUUGCAGACCUACAGAGUUUUCUCCUGGAAGACACGGACCUUAGUGAUGGCAUGCUGCCGGGUAACUUUGGGCUGGACGGAGUCGAAGCAUCAGACGACAUCGGGGCUUUGGUUCAGGUAUUUGACCAGCAAGAUCUCGGAACCGGGGCCGAGCUGCUUGGAAUUCCUCCAGUUCCUGGUGCUGCUCAUUGUCAAGACCCCACGUUUGGCAGGUCCAAGGGGAAGAAUGUCAUGUGUCCAGGAGGAACGGAUGGCACAUCGUCUCAAGCCGACUGCCUCGUGCCAUUACCGGGCAACGUGGGCAAACUGAUGGAUGCGGAUGGUGAGCAAAUUUGGGGCGCCAAUACUUUUUUUCAGAGUUCUUGCAGCGGCACCAGUCAACAAACCUAUGUUAGUGAUCCCUAUCUAAUGGAGAUUCCCGACAAGCCUGAGAGAUUCUGGGAACUCGAUUUUGAUGCACUGGAUGAUGGAGAUCUGCACCUGGACAAGUGUGUUAUCGGCGACCCUGCUCUUGAGCAACACAGAGGAAACAUGAAGCCAUAG